AUGACCAGCCUCGUCAGUUUCGGGUUUGUCGCCAACUUCAUCCACUCCCAAUUCAAACCCCUCGCCCUCCCCUCAACCAAAUACACAGGCCAGACCAUCAUCGUGACGGGCUCAAACGCGGGUCUGGGCCUCCAAUCAGCGCGCCACUUCGCCCGUCUCGACGCCGGAAAGGUCAUCCUCGCCGUACGGAGCCGCCGCAAGGGCGAGCUGGCCGCCACAUCGAUCGAACAAUCCACGGGCUGCCGGCCUGGCGUCGUCGAGGUCUGGGACCUAGAUCUCAGCUCGUACGCGAGCAUUCAGGCGUUCGCGGACCGCGCGGCGAGGACUCUCGACAGGAUAGAUGUCCUGGUCAACAACGCGGGCAUCGUGACGUAUGAGUUCGCGUUGGUGGAGGGUACUGAGAUGACCAUCGCUGUGAAUGUGGUGGGGCCCCUGUUUUUGAGCGUGUUGCUUCUCCCUAAGAUGCGCGAGACGAGUUUGCGGUUCAAUAAGGCGUGCGUCGUCACGUUCGUCGGGUCGUUUGUGCAUUUCAUGACGACGUUUCCUGAACGGAAGGCGCGCAAUAUUCUGGAGCAGUUGGCGAGCAGGGAGAGGGCGGAUAUGAAGGAUAGAUACAACGUCUCCAAACUGAUCCAGCUGCUCCUGGCCCGCGAACUAGCCAGCCAGAUCAGUACCACUCGGUCCGAAUCCCAGUCCGACGUCGACGCCGACUCUGCGAAACGCAAACCCGGCACCAUCAUCAUCAACGUCGUCAACCCCGGCUUCGUCAAGACCGAGAUCAUGCGCAGCGCAGGCGGCGUCUUAUUCCGCCUCUUCUUCGCGCCUCUCCGGGCUAUCCUCGCGCGGUCCGCCGAGGUGGGUUCCCGAACGAUACUGCACGGCGCGGCCGGCGGGAGGGAGACGCAUGGGCAGUAUUUGAGCGACUGUGCCGUGACCGAGCCGUCUGGAUUCGUGACGAGUGCCGAGGGUGUGGAGGUCCAGAAGAAGUUGUGGAAAGAGGUGGGCGAGGUGCUGGAGCGCGUGAGGCCGGGGGUCAUGCAGAAUGUGUGA